AUGGACAAGUUCCAGGCUUUUGGCAAGAACAUAAGGUUCCUCAGCUCUGCAUGGAAUACCACAGUCACGCCGCUCGCUACGCGGAACACCCAGUACCUCAAGGAGCAAUUCGGUUCUGCAAAUGAAAAGACACAACUGCCCGACGAGUACGUCGAUCUCGAGAAGAGAGUCGACGCCCUGAAGCAGGUACAUCAGAAUCUGCUCAAUGUCACUAAGCAAUAUCAGAACGAGGCAUACGACUAUCCUCCCAAUAUUGCAGAAUCCUUCGGCGAUCUCGGUCGCAGCAUCUCUGACAAAGUCACUCUUCUCUCCAAAGCCGGUAGCCCUGCUGAGGCGCAGGCUGCAUUCACGGCCCCUCCUUCAGCCAAGCCUCAACCGAAGACCUUCAACCAUGCUAUCGCCCGCGCGUCCCUAGCUGGAUCCCACCUCCUCACUCAAACCCCGUCUACCGGUACCCAGGAUCCCCUCUCGCAAGCGCUUGAGAAGUAUGCUCUGGCGGAAGAGAAGGUUGGCGAGGCUCGUCUGGCGCAAGACCAACAGAUUCAGGCCCGCUUCCUGGCUGGAUGGCAGACAACUCUGAACACCAACAUUCAGUUCGCGACCAAGGCUCGCCGCAAUGUAGAAAACAGCCGACUUAUGCUUGAUAGCACAAAGGCAGCCAAGAAGUCCCAGAUCCAGGGACGCGGCUUCAACCCGGAUGACGAGAGUGCGUUGAGCGAGGAGGCUCGCGCUGAGAUUGAAGCCAAGGAAGAUGACUUUGUCAGCCAAGUCGAGGAAGCCCAGGGCGUUAUGAAGAACGUCCUCGACACUCCUGAGCCACUUCGCAACCUUGCCGAUCUUAUUGCCGCUCAACUCGAGUACCACAAGAAAGCCUACGAAAUCUUGUCGGAGCUUGCUCCCGAGAUCGAUCAACUGCAGGUCGACCAGGAAGCCAGCUAUCGUCAAAGUCGAGAGGGUGCAUAG